CUCAACCCGGAAGUGUGGCAUGAUUAUAUGAUUUUCCGGUGUGUGAGCGUGUGUGUGAGAGUGUGUGUGAUGGAGAGAGAUGAUCGGGGUCAGGAAUAGAUUCGGAGCCACUUUCUCUGCUUUUGGGUCCAGAACUCCAGCCGUGAAUGUGUUUCAAACUUUAUUCAGAAAUCUUGUGGAGAGAAGUCCGAGUCAGAGCCGCGGGUAUCCUAGCAACAGGACAGGAAAACUGGUGCGUGACGGUGAGGACAGGAAACCAGUGAUUUGCAUUGAGGGGAACAUCGCCAGUGGAAAGACGACGUGUCUGGAGUAUUUCAGCAAGACCAGCAACAUUGAGGUUUUGACUGAGCCGGUUUCCAAAUGGAGAAAUGUUCGAGGACACAAUCCACUGGCCCUGAUGUAUGAGGACCCGUCUCGAUGGGGUCUCACGCUGCAGACCUACAUUCAGCUCACAGUCCUGGAUCAUCACCUGUCCAAGAUCACGGCUCCGGUCAGGAUGAUGGAGAGAUCUCUGUACAGCGCAAAGUACAUAUUUGUGGAAAAUCUGUAUAAAAGUGGGAAGAUGCCUGAGGUGGACUAUGCCGUCCUGAGCGAAUGGUUCGAGUGGAUCAUCAGUAACAUCUCCAUUCCUGUGGAUCUGAUCGUGUACCUGCAGACGUCUCCUCAGACGUGUUUUGAUCGUCUGAAGCAGAGAUGCAGAGAAGAAGAGAAAGUCAUUCCUCUGGAGUACCUGGAGGCUCUUCAUCAUCUGUAUGAGGACUGGCUGAUAAAUAACUCCUCAUUUAAAGUUCCUGCUCCUGUGCUGGUGAUCCCAGCUGAUCAUGAUCUUCAGAAGAUGCUCCAUCAGUACGAGGAGAACAGAGAGAAGAUCUUCACUGUGCCUCGAGCUCCAUAAAGACAAACACAGACCAUUUGUUCCAGAGGCAGCUUUUGAUCCAGCUGUGUGUUUCCUCUGCCCUGUUUUAAUAUUAAGGGUGUGUGUGUGUGUGUGUUUUAUUAAUAAUUAAUAAAAAAAAAGAAAUAUAUCCGUGAUAAUUAGCGAUUAUGAAUCUUUUGACUGACUGAAUCAGUCUGAAUCGUGAUUCAUCAGUUCAAUUGAUUCAAUUCCAAGUUUUUGAAAUAAGAGCCAUUUGAUUCAGUGAGUCAGGUUUCUGUAGGAAUUAUCAGAGUGCAUGAAGAGAUUGUCUAAAAGACUUUUAUGUAAACAUUGUUCUGUAUAUUUAUUUUAAAAACUAUUUAAAUGUUGCGGUGGGAGGAGUUUACAUCAGCGCAGUAAGAAUUCAGAGGAUUUCAACUGGAAUAUCUCAAUAAUUAACCAGCUGCAUCUCUGUCUCACACACACACUCACUCACACAAACACUCACUCUCACACACACACUCUCACACACACUCACUCACUCACUCACACACAUUCACACUCACACACACUCACUCACUCACACACACACUCACACACAAACACUCACUCUCACACACACACACUCUCAAACUCACUCACUCACACUCACAUUCACACUCUCUCUCACACACACACACACACUCAUACACUCACUCUCAGGCUUCCAUUCUUUGUGUUUGUGUUAUUUAGUUCUUUCUUUUAGGGUUAGGGUCAUUAUUUAUGCUCCUCACUCGUGUCUCAUUAUUAUUUAUUUGGCUUUUUUAUUAUUAAAUUGCAGAAACAUUCCACAUCCUCCUGUUUAACAGAAAACAUUCUCAUUAGAUUUUAUAAACUUUAUUAUUGUUUACGUGGUGAUGUGUGGAGACGCGGUCCAGACUGUUUUACACUCUUCUACUGCAGUUGUAAUAAACCGAUGUGAAACGGGUCAGCA